CGUAACUUUUCGUUUCGGGUAGCAGGUAGGUACACAGUAGACCUCAGUAGCGAACCUACCUAGGUUGUCCGCGUGGCACGUCUUUCUUGGAAGGAUGGAUCCAUCAAGGUGGGUUACAUCUUCCUCCAGCCCGCUCUUAAGCAUUAAGAAGAAGCCACACCCACCCUUUCCCCCCUCCCUAAACCCCCACACACCAGAUCCGACUGUUCUAUCGCACCGUCAAGAUGGCUGAAACUAUGAAGGACGGCAAGUUCCCUCACGGAUCCACGGAGGCCCCGAAGGCGGGUCGCAUCCUCCCACUGUUCUCCCUAAAGGAUCGGACCGCCAUCGUCUCGGGCGCGGGCGCGGGCAUCGGGCUGGCCAUUGCCCACGGUUUCGCCGAGGCCGGCGCGAACGUCGCCAUCUGGUACAAUAGCAACAAGAAUGCCAUCGACAGGGCCGCCGAGAUCGAGAAGACCUACGGCGUAAAGUGCAAGGCGUACCAAGUCAACAUCACAUCGUACGACGCCGUCAAGGAAGCCGUAGAUGCUGCCGUGAAGGAAUUCAACGGCCGACUCGACGUGUUCGUGGCCAACUCAGGAAUUGCAUGGGAGCAGGGUCCGAUGCUGGACGGAGGGCUCGACCACUUCAAGCAAGUGUCCACCACGAACAUCGACGGCACCUUCUACUGCGCUCGUGCCGCCGGCCUCCACUUCCGGCGGCAGAAGAGGGAGGGCACGACCAUCGACGGCCAGAAGCUCGAGGGGUACACGUACGGUAGCUUCAUCGCAACCGCGAGCAUGAGCGGGCACAUUGCCAACAUCCCACAGCUGCAAUCGGCGUACAACGCGUCAAAGGCUGGCGUUAUCCACCUGUGCAAAUCGCUGGCUAUCGAGUGGGUUGGCUUCGCGAGGGCGAACUCGGUAUCUCCAGGCUACAUCAACACCGAGAUCUCGUCUUUCGUCUCCAAGGAGAUCAAGAAUGUGUGGAAAGACAAGAUCCCCAUGGGCCGCGAAGGCGAGGCGCACGAGCUCGCCGGCGCAUAUCUGUACCUUGCCUCUGAUGCCUCGUCUUACACCACUGGCUCAGAUCUUGUAGUUGACGGCGGGUAUACUGCCCCGUAAGGCCCGGUUAUGGGAUUUUAAGGUGGGCUGAGAGAUCCGCCACGAGUUUUGACGACGAACAUAGGUACUUUUGGAGUUCUUAGAACGGAUAGAGUUGAGUAUGGGAAUAUACUUAAGACUGAUUAGAUUCCAAAAAAAAAAAGAAAUGAGAAGCAGAAGGCGUUGCUCUUUCGUGUAGGAGCUGCUAAAUGACAAGCUGGUGCUGUCAGCUGCCUGGUGGGGAUCGAUGAAGUCAUCAACUGGAAAUUGUGGACAUGGUGGUACCUAGGCACCCGUGGACAACCUGAACGACGGGACCCUGAAUCAAACUCAGGCCCGAAGCUCAGGGACAUAGGCCUACUACUAAGUAUGCUCCCGCGUAGAAAUCACCUACCAAGCUUAACUGAGUAGCUGCCAAGUGCUCGGCUCAUUCUAAUAUCUAAAACAGAGUUCCUGACC